AGCAGUGGCCGAGCUGCAGAGCUCCUCGCCAAAGAACGUGGAACAGUGCCUGGGUUUAUUGGCUUUGGAACAUCUCAGAGCGAUCUAGGAUAUGUUCCUGCAGUUCAAGGAGCAGAGGAAAUAGACAGCCUUGUGGAUGCUGAUUUUCGAAUGGUGUUGCGAAAACUUUCUAAAAGGGAUAUCACAACAAAAUUAAAAGCUAUGCAAGAGUUUGGGACAAUGUGCAAGGAAAGAGAAGCGGAAGUUGUUAAAGGUGUUCUUCCUUACUGGCCAAGAAUUUAUUGUAAAAUCUCACUAGAUCAUGAUCGCCGUGUUCGAGAAGCAACCCAGCAAUCUUUUGAGCAACUGAUUCUCAAAGUAAAGAAACACUUAGCUCCUUACUUAAAAAGUAUCAUGGGAUACUGGCUGAUUGCUCAAUGUGACAAUUACUCCCCUGCUGCUUCUGCUGCAAAAUUAGCUUUUGAAAAAGCUUUUCCUUCAAGCAAACAACCUGAAGCCUUAGCAUUCUGUAAAGAUGAAAUUCUGAAUGUACUUCAAGAUCACCUUCUAAAAGAAACACCUAAUACACUCAGUGACCCCCAAACUGUGCCAGAGGAAGAAAGGGAAGCCAAAUUUUUCCGGAUUCUGACCUGUUCCUUGUUAGCUUUAAAGAAGUUGCUUAGCAUGUUGCCAAAGAAAGAGAUGAAUUCAUUGGAAGAAAAGUUAAUGUCACUUCUGUCCCAAAACAAAUUUUGGAAAUACGGCAAACACAGCAUACCACAGGUUCGCGCAGCUUUCUUUGAGCUGGCUUCUGCUUUUUGCCAGUACUUGCCUGAGCUGGUGAGAACUGAAGCACCAAGAGUUUGUCCUGCUGUUCUUCUCAGCAUUGAUGACAGUGAUGCAGUGGUGUGUCCCGCUCUUUGGGAAGCUGUACUUUAUGCUAUCGCCACUAUUGAGGACUGUUGGAGUCAUGUAAACGCCAAAAAGGGAGUUCUACCAAAGCUAUGGACAGUACUUCGAGAAGGUGGACGAGGACUAGCUACUGUUAUAUACCCAAAUCUCUUGCCGUUCAUUAGCAAGGUACCUCCUGGCAUUGCAGAACCAAAGCUGGAAUAUUUCAGAACUUUUUUCAGCUCUAUAAUUCAAGGGUUGUCAAGUGAGCGAGCAAUAGCCAGCCCUUCAGAAAGUUCAGCUAUUGUAACUACAUUUAUGGAAUGUCUGCGCUUUGCCAUACUACAGAAAGUAGACGAAGAAGAUGACCAAAGGCAAAUUCAUCAAAUGCUUAUAUAUGACCAGCUAAUUCCGCUUACCGAUGCUGUACUUAAGGAGCCCAGGUUACAAAAUGGACCUUUAUUUUAUCAAAUAGCAGAAAUGCUGAGCUCCUGGGAAGCUAAAGCAGAACUCUCCAAUGAUGAUGGCACAGAUGAAGUUUUCCAGAAACUGUUGUCAAAUUUUUGGGACCAUCUUUUAAAAAUGUGUGUACUUCAUGUUGAUACGUUGGAUGCUGAUGAGAAAUCAUUGUUUGCCAUAUCUGGUAUGCUAGAAAUUCUUCAGAAUCCAAAGAGUGCUACAAAACCAAACAAAAGAAAAUAUCUAAAAAUCAGAUUUACAGAUGAGGAUGAAUCUGAAAGAAACACAGAGAAUGGAAAGCUCACGGAAGUGAGAAGUAGCGACUCUGAAAUACAGACUGACUUGCAGCAUAGUUCAAUUCUAAGAAAAGAACCUUUAGAGAAUUUAGUCUGCAGCCUUGCUGAACUGAGUAUUGUGUAUGUCAAUGAACAGAAGUCAGAACAGCAUUUGAAAUUUCUCUCUGCCCUGCUCAACUCUUUUUCUUCAAACAAAGUUUUUCAAGUACUUUUAGAGCAGGGAAAUGAUGCAAGCUCUGCUCAAGCUGAAUCCCAAAACGAAAUUAAAGCUCGUCAUGAAAGUCCAUCUGUACAAUUUCUGUAUAUGAAUUUAAUAACUUGGCUGAAAGAAGACUGGAGGAAGGACACCCAUUUUCUGGUUGAUAUUUUGUACAGUGUGCUUAAUUGUUGCAACAGUAAUGAUGAAAGGAAAAUCAUUCUUGAUGAUUUAACGAAGAUGGAUCUGAAAUGGAUUAUUUUUCUUCAGAUAAUUCAAAAGGCAUGCUCAAGCACAACAAAACUUUCCUUAGUCUCUGACUGGCUGAAAGGAGAUACACUUGGAGAACGACUUGUAAUGCUGUCAGAUGAUCUGUGUCACCUGGGUUUAAAACCUGUAGCAGCCUCAUCAGAAUCAUCCUCUUCAGAAAGGUGGACCCUCCUGAGCUUAGUGUUGUCGCAACACAUUAAAAAUGAAUCUUUGAUUAGUGAAACUUUUGUUGAAAGGAUUAUUGAUAAACUUCAAGCAGCUCUGUCUAAAGCUAAGGAUCUUUCGGAAGCUGGUAAUACUGAACCAUCGGUAUCUUUCAUCUGUGAUGUAGCCUCAAGCUUUUUCAGCUCAGUUAAAGGGUGUUUAUUGAUGCCGUCCUCAGAAGACUUGCUGCUUACCAUCUUCCAAUUGUGUGCUCAGAGGCAGGAUGCUACGCACUUAACAGAUAUACUUGUAUGUAAAUUAAAACACACUUGGAUGUCUGGUGUAAAUUCACUUGUGCGUCAACUUCGGAGUAUGCAGAAACAAAGUACCUUUUUACAUAAAUCUGCACUGUGGGUCAAGAAUCAAAUCCAGUCUUCCUCUUUGGAUGUUAAAAGCCUUCAGGUUUUGAUCUCUGCAGUUAGUGAUUUGUUGUCUAAGCUUAUGGAAGCUGAUGGGCAGUCUGGAUAUCUUGUGGGAGCUUAUGUUGAGCAUGUCACGCCAAACAAAACUGAGUGGGGGAAAUUGCACGAGUCUCUAUCCACUGAGUGGAUUCACAAACCUCUUUUGGAAGGACGGCUUAGUAUGAAUUGUGAACCUUUAGGAUCAUGUGUCAAGCUGUGUGGCACAACUAAACUUCCAGGCCAUCUGUGUACUUCAGCCUUAUUAAGUAAAAUGGUGCUACUUGUAUUGGAAAAUGGUAUAAUCCAUGGAAAUGGUGAUGCUGAAAGAAAGAAAAUUGACAAUAUAAUUGCAGAGCUGUUGUACUCAUUACAAUGGAUUGAAGAAUUGGAGAAUCCUCCUUAUCUGCUUCUGGAAUAUCUUCAUAUGUUAGAAGAAAUGCACAUCACAUAUGAGAAGUUCAGUACACUUAGUAAUACAACUAGCCUUCAGCAAACAAUAUUUGAUAGAUCAGAAGAACAUGGAAGACUCUGGUCCUUAACCAUGGCUAAAGUGAUUCAUACGGAAAACGCUGUAUCCUGUGAGAUGAAACAACUUUUUAAGACAACAGAAGGGUUUCUGCCAUUAACAGAGGGCAGAUUGCAUACACUUCAGUGUCUAUCACCUUUUUUAAUUGAGGAAGAAAAGAAAGAACUUGUCUUCCACUGUGUGGCCAAACUUAUGACGUGCACACAGACAGAGCUUUCCAACACUGAUGGAGCAUUUGGGUGUCUUUCCAUUUUGAACUCCUGCUUGAAUGAUAGAAGUAUUGAUUGUGAUCACCUACUACCUGGAAUACUAAAAAUCAUAAUAUCUUGGAAAAACAAUAAUGAGGACAGCUUUCUCUUUAGCUGCAAUCUGAAAGAAACAAGUGCUCAGUUGCUCGGUUUCAACAUAGAGAUGAUCCGUUAUCUUCCCUUGUUGCUGAAGCAUUCCACAGCUCCUUUGGCUGAUAAUGAAUGGGACUUUAUCAUGUGCUCCAUGCUGGCUUGGUUAGAGACAACAAAUGAAAACCAUUCGCUUUAUCAUGUCCCACUUGUGCAGAUUUUUGCGUGUGUCAGUUGUGACUUGGCAUCUGCCCUUAGCGCUUACUUUGAAGCUGCAGCUCCUGAAACUACUGAAAAUCUUCCUGUGAACUUGAUCAGUGAAUGGAAAGAAUUCUUUUCUGAAGGAAUUCACAAUUUGCUGUUACCUUUGUUAGUGAAAGUCACAGGAGAAACCAAAAAUGCAUCUGAAGGCUCCUUUCAGAACUCUGUGUUAAUGUCUUUGGGUGAAGCCCUAACGUACAUCUCGAAGGACCAGUUAUUAAACCAUAAAUUACCAGCAAAGUUUGUUGCAGGCCAGAAAACAAAUCUUCCAGAUAAACUCCAGACUCUACUAAAUACGUUGUCUCCAUUGUUGCUUUUCCGGGCUAGACCUGUACAGAUUUCUGUCUACCAUAUGUUGUAUAAAUUAAUGCCUGAAUUGCCUAAAUUUGAUGACGAAGAUCUCAAAUCUUAUGGUGAUGAAGAGGAGGAAUUGGCAUUAUCACCUCCAGCGGCUCUUAUGUCUGUCCUGGCCACUCAAGAACUCUUGCUAGAAAACAUCCUGGAAUGCAUUCCAGUUGGAGAAUUUGCAGUUAUUCAGCCCCUGAGCGAUGAGUUCUGUCUUGUUCUAGGAUAUCUUCUCACUUGGAAGUUAACAUUAGCUUUCUUCAAAGCAGCUUCUUCUCAGCUGCGAGUUCUCUACUCACAACACCUUAGAAGAACUAAAAGCUUGAAUAAACUGCUUUAUCACUUGUUCAGGCUUAUGCCUGAAAACCCUGUCUUUUCUGGGCCAACUUCAGAAGUUCCAAAUAAGGACACAAAAACCUUCUUUACUGAAGAGCUUCAUUUAGAUGUCAAAGGUUAG